GAUAGCUCGAGCGGACUGCACCAAAAACUGGACCGAAAAGAUCUUCAGACAGACCGAGGUGCUGCUUCAACCCAACCCAAUUGACCAAACUGGUAAGUGUGUCUCUACUCCCCGUGUCCUGUGCUUUAGGUCUUCAGUUUAAUUCCUUCCUCAAAUGACAGAUGUUUAGUAUUAGACCCAAUGUGUGAGGCUGGCUCUUCUCACUAUGUUUUUGUCAUGGUAGUACUAUCCUUUUGCGGCUGAGUUUGGGUGAAUGUCUUGUGGUUUAUCCAGACACAAGUUUAAACACCUGUUUUUCAAUCAUCUGAAUAUCUUAACCAGAUGUGGUUUUCAAAUCUGUGAGGUCUCUUCAAAUCCUGCUGGCAACACAGAGAGCUGGAAUGAUUGUUCAAAGACUGUUGUUAUCACAUUUUUUAUUACAACCACACAUGGGUUUUAUGUUUUCAUCCGUGAUGUCUACAUCAAAGACCUGUGUUUCGUUCAUCUUUUUUUGCUUUAUGGUCUCUCGAAACAAUGUUCAGAAUACUACAAUGAAAGUAUCCCGAAAAUUUGUAAAUGGUUGGUGAAAUAUUUUUAAACUUUUAUGAUUAGAUAUUGAGAAGCAAAGAAAGUAACAUGCAUUUUAAGCUAUAAAUCUUAAUUAAAUUCAUACAUAAAGAAAUGUAAACCAAUAUGUAUACCAGUGUGAUAUUGUAUAUAAUUAUAUAUAAUAUCAAUUUUAUUACCCUCAAUUUGCUGACUGUGAACUAUUGGUUUGGAUUGGUGCGCGUAUUGAAGAGUUUUUUUAUGAGAAAUUGGACAGAAAGAUCCCAUCCAGAACCACCAAUGCAGAGCUGCUGGGGCAGUAUAUGCAGGACGCAGCAAAGGAAUUUGGGCCAGGAACUCCGUAUGGUAGUACUUUGAUCACUGUUGGAGAGUUUCAGCGGAGGUUGGGUGGAGCAGAGCGGGAAUUCCUACAUAUGUCAGCUAUUAACUUCCUCACACCACUGAGGAACUUUCUAGAGGGUGACUGGAAAACCAUUUCUAAAGAGAGAAGGCUACUUGAGAACCGACGCCUUGACCUGGACAUUUGCAAAGCUCGGCUCAAGAAGGCAAAGUUAGCAGAGGCCAAGGCUGCUUGUGAGGGAGAUGCUGCGCCUGACUUUCAGGAGACUAGGCCACGCAAUUAUGUUCUGUCGGCCAGUGCAUCUGCGCUGUGGAGUGAGGAAGUGGAUAAAGCAGAGCACGAGUUGCGUGUGGCUCAGACUGAGUUUGACAGACAGGCAGAGGUCACAUGCCUCCUGCUGGAGGGCAUCAGCAGCACACACGUGAACCACUUGCGCUGUCUGCAUGAGUUUGUGGAGGCCCAGGCUGCUUAUAACGCACAGUGUCACAAGCACAUGCAGGAUCUUCAGAAAGAGCUGAGCAGUGCAAACGGAGAUGCGUUUCCUAAUGCUUUUGCUGUGAACGCCUCCACGUCAGGGGUGUCAGCAGGCCCUUCUCCCCUUUCCACUGCCACCCUACCUGGGGCUUCUCUACCUAGUCGUCCCCCAAACCCCUCCAAUGCCCUUGAGUCCAGCACGCUGAAGAUUGAGGAGGUGAAGCCUGCAGCCACUGGUACUCGCAAGGCCAAAGUGCUGUAUGACUAUGAUGCUGCAGAUACAAGUGAACUUUCCCUUCUCGCUGAUGAGCUUAUUACUGUGUACACGGUGCCCGGCAUGGACCCGGACUGGCUUAUUGGCGAGCAAGGCAACCAGAAAGGCAAAGUGCCUGUCACAUACCUGGAGCUCCUGAGCUAGAUGCCUCAUUAUGCAUGAACAAAUACUCAAGCACUCCUGAACACUCAGUGAAUUUAUCCGGUUUCUUUCUUUUUUUUUGUUACUGUGCAUAAAUAUGUAUUAUUGUUUUUUUAGGCCCUAUUUAUGUUCUAUGUGUAUGCUGUUUCAGUUGAACACUAUCCUGCAUAAGGCGUUUCUUUAAAUAACUGAUUUUAUUUCCUUUAUGAUCCUGUGACUGCUAUAUUUUCCUUAAGUCUUUCUUACCCUCCAAGUGAAGAAAACAAACCGACAAGCUUUUGUGUUGGAGCUGGAUCUGAGUGUGUGUGUGUGUGUGCACGUGUGUGAUCAUGAAGACACUAAACAUUUAGGCUUUGCUUCUUUGCGUGUCGUCUAGCUCAUCAUGCUUGUAUGCUUAUACAGUCAUGGUUUGAUAUCAGCACUUUUGAUUCCAAAUGCAGCAUUUUUUGUCAGUGUGUUUUGUCAGUGAUUGAGAAGAUUGUGAAGGUAUUAGGUGCGGUUAUGAUGUACAUUAUGUGGUUAACUGUGAUCUGAUCAUAUUCAAAAGACUGAUUUUCUUUACCUCCAGUGGUACUUAUUCACAUAUGCACAGUCAUCACCUUCCCACUUUCAUCUUUGUGUUUGCUUGUUGCAAAAAGCAAUGCAUAUUAAAUGAAUGCAAUUGAAAUAUAUAAUAAAGACAGAUUUACUGGGUUUUGAUCUUGAUGUUGUCUUUCUAAUGGGGCUUGUCGUCUAAAGUACUUAGCGGUGAGAUGUUAUCAAUGACUGGCUUUUAAUUCUGACUCUGGUAGGGUUUGCUGUUGGUGUUUGUUGUGAUUUACUAAUGCACUGAGGGUCAUGCUGGUAACUUUACUCCACUACUGCACUGACAAGUUGGUUUUGGAAAACAUUGCAGUGAUUGUGCAAGAUAAGUCAAGUUGUUUUUCUUUUUUCCUACCAUCACUCAGAAGGAA